AUGGCGUCCCUGGGUAGCAGCGCUGGCGGCCGUCGUCCCACGGUGCUCCUGCAGAUCGCUCUCUUCGUCGUCGUCGCCGCGAUCAUCAUCAACAGCUCCGUCUGCCUUGGAGCCACGGCCGUCCACGACGCCGCCGCCUCAGGCACCGGUGCUCUCGACCCUAACGUCCCUGCUGUUCCGACGCCGGGCGGUGCCGGUCAACCCUACACCGGCCGUGGGUGCCGCACAGUUUACGGAUGUAGACCACCGGCGGGUGGCCAGCCCUAA